AUGAGUGUGCCUUCCAUUGAGCGUGUUCUUUUCGCGCUGCCCGUGCCCGAGCCGAAGGAGGCCUUGGCUCGACUAAAACAGAAGUUCCCUCGGAUCGAAACAACCUGGAUCACGACAGCCGGUCCCGACAAGGCGGGGUGGGGUCCUGGUGAACUUGACAAAGCCAUCUUCGCCGACAAGACAGUCCUUGUCACCCUCUCUGCCCUACCUCCUACAGCCGCAGAUGCUCCCAAACUCAAGUUUAUACACUUUGCCGGGUCUGGCACAAAUCAUAUCGCGGGCCAUCCCAUCCUGACUGAUUCUACCAUCCCGUUGACCAACUCGCGGGGCGUCGCUGGCCCACCCAUUGCUGAAUGGGUCGUCAUGACGGCCCUGGUGCACAACCACAAGUAUAAUUACCUUAACGAAUUGCAACGGGAGUCAACAUGGGGCGGCCUCAACGACUUUUGGUCCGUUCGCGACGUUGUUGGCCAACGUAUCGGCAUCCUCGGCUACGGCGCCAUUGGGCGGCAAGUCGGCCGUAUCGCCAAAGCUCUGGGCAUGGAUGUCGUCGCUUUCACAGCGACGCCCAAAGAUACCCCCGAGAAGAGGAAGGACAUAGGUUACAUUGUGCCCGGCACCGGCGACCCUGAAGGAGAGUACCCCUCCGCGUGGCACCAUGGCCUCGAUAGGGCCUCUCUGCACGAAUUCCUAAAGCAGGACCUUGAUAUCAUUGUCGUCGCCCUGCCCUUGACCGACCAGACAAGACACCUCUUUUCCGCUGACGAGUUUGAGAUACUCGCGAGUCGCAAAGCUUUCGUGAGCAACAUUUCGCGCGGCGCGAUUCUCGACCAGGAUGCCCUCGUCGCUGCCCUCGAGUCGGGCAAGCUGCGCGGCGCGGCGCUCGACGUGACGGAUCCGGAGCCGCUGCCGGCCGAUCACCCGCUUUGGAAGGCGCCUAAUGUCAUCAUUACGCCGCAUAUUAGCUCCAUCGUCGGCAACUACACCGAGAGGGUCCUGGGCGUGGUGGAGCUGAACCUCGGGAGGCUGCUUAAUGGUGGGGAGCUGGUGAAUCUGGUGGAUAGAGAGAGGGGUUACUAG